UUCGCAACAAAACUGUUCCACCAAUUCCUAAUGAAAUAUCUACAAGUACCGGCUCAUUAAGGGAAGAGGUCUGGCUGCAACACAAAGGGACCGGAUGACUUCAUGGGACUGAUGACUUCAUGGGAAGGUUGGACUUCGAGCCCUAAGAUGCUGCGUGUUACAGAGCCAAUGAAAUGCAAUCAGGUGACCAUGGUUGAUUGUCCACGGGUCUCGCUUAACACACUUAGUUGCUCUUUACUCUCUGCCAUCAUGGACCCCCCAAAUGCCGUCGCUGCUAAUGCCUUCGUCAACGUCACGCUCUCAGGUGUCACCAAGGACGCCACUCCUCUCAUCCUUAACCGCGGAGUACCGCGUCCCAACAAGCCUUACCUGCUCGAUGGUGCGCCCAAGAUUGCUAUCACAGGAAAGCGACCUCGUAAACGUCUGCCAUCCAAGCUUCCGCCUCCUGGCAACCUGAAAUUUCAUCUCGCCCUCGGCAACAAGAUUGGUCGUGGCCGGGUUGGGCGAGUCUACGAGGCCACCAUUGACCUUACGAAAUCGAGCCCUGAAUUGUCCAAGAUGGUGCUUCCUCCGCUCGUUGUGAAGGUUUCACGCCGUCACGAUGCCAAGAAACUUCAACGAGAAGCCUACUAUUACGAGGAGAUGGAGUGUUUGCAAGGUUCUGUGAUUCCCAGAUAUUACGGUUUAUAUCAGACCACGAUUCAACCCACCACGGACUUCUUGCCUUGGACUCAUGAUAAAGUCAAUCGGCGACCGGGUCGUCAUGGUGACUAUAGUGACGAAUCGGGCUCGGAUUCGGAUUCAGAGGAAGCCUCAAAAGCUGCUAGUAAUGACGACGAUGAUGAAGAAGACAAUGAUGACGACCAAGAGUCUGAAGUUUACUCUUCUGAUGAGGAGGAACCUGCGGCACCAACUGUGGUCAGUAUUCUGAUUCUAGAGCGCUUGGGCGAUCGUUUGCCUUUGCGUAAACCUCUGCCUGCUGGGAUCCAAGAAGAACUAGAGACUAUAUAUUCCGAUCUUGCGCAGCUUGGCGUAGACCACUGCGAUAUUCGUUAUUACAACAUGCUUUCUGCACCCUCUCCUGCUAACAGUCCGUUGCCUUCCCUCCCGUCACCUUUCACGCAACGUACAUAUGGAUGGCGCUUGAUCGACUUCGACAACGCUUGCAAGUCUAACAUGAAUCCGAUGGUUUUCUAUGGAUACCAUCAUGAUGUUAUUGCUAGACUUGUCUAUAAUUUGCCUUGGGGUGUAAUCUUCGAGCCAUGGGAUUAGAGUAGGUAUGCGCGACCUGCAUAUAUCCCUCUGUACAGUACGACAUCAGUAAGUUUUCCGUGCUCCAUAUUGUCUCUCCACUCUGUCGAAUUCAAUGAUGAUUUGUUGUCGCAUCGGAAGCCGUUGCCAAAUUCGGGUAGACGGGCCCGGUACACUCCAAAACACUGAUUUAAUGGGAAUGAUGUGGUUUGCGGUGACACUAGUGUAGCGGUGGGCGCUACAAUGUACCGGAUUAGGCAGUCUAACGGAGAUUUACGGUCGGAUUUUGGUUAAUCCACUUUUAGGAUCAUUUAUCUACGGAAAUCUGUUCUUGUCUGCAGCUAUUCCGCAGCACUUAGAUUAGUAUUUAAGUAGCUUGUUUCGUAGCUGUAGAUCCCUUAGCUUACACCAAAGAAUCAGUCUUAUAACCUGUCCCUUUUGGUGUGACUCUUCUCUCCCAUGUGACAUGAGUAUUCCCUCUACGGUCACCAGCGUCACAUAUUUUUGACAGCGACUCUCGAACUUUCUUCGGAACUUUCUCGAACUUCUUCUCUCUAUAAAGUGCCAACUUCUGGGCUCCCCUCAAGACUGAUCAUCUUGGGCUUUCCAACUGUCGACUCUUGCUCUUGCGCUUUCACUCUAAAAACUCAACUCUUCCUAAAA